UGUGAUGAAAUACCUGCUGAACUAAUGACUCGUCACUUUGUGUUUAGUGUUGGCUAGCAUGCUAGCAUCGGGGGAAAUUAUAAACCGUAUACCUGCUACACGUCUGCUCGAUAGCAUUUGUCAUUGUGAGUGUAUUAGCACUAUAACGUUGGCAUGUAGCGCCAACUACAACCUGACAUACUGCAGGUGAAAUAUUAAUGCGGAUGAACUGGAUAUAUAUAUAUAGCUGUGGAAAUGUCGUCCAAAACUUGCCACAAGACAUUAAAUAGUUUAAUGAUUUGUUCCAAAUAAAACAUUUGAAUACACAUGAGCAGCGCUGCGGUUUUAUAGGUCAAGUCAAUUGUGUACUUUCUGACGAAUUUGAAUGUGUUGCUUGAAGAUUUACAUGUGCUCCUUUAUAAGGGCCUGGAUGUAAAUAUGACCCGCCGCCUCUCAAAGUUACAGUUAACUGUAAAGAUGCAGAAAGCCAGUUGCAGUCUUCAAUGCCCUGCUUAAUUUGCAUAAAUGGGUCACGAGGCCACUCUGCUUUGCAUAGUGGGAAUAUUUCCUGUUUCCCUCAGAACAGGUUUGUGCUGUGGCCGAGGGAUAAGCAGACCUGAGAGAAGAGGCAACGGACACUUUUUCCUCAGUGACGAGAUGGACUCUUUUAAAGGGCCCUGCCCGCACCAGAGGGCUCCUGUUGAGACGGAUGAAAGCAUGACAUCCUCCAGUCUGGACUUGGCCUGGCCUCCCGCUUGCAAACAGUGUAGUUGCCAUUCAGAGACCAGCCCGCAGAAGCACAGCUAUGGUCAAGCCAGUGGGACAGCGUACAACGACAACCAGUGGAGACACCCUGGGGGCCAGCACCAGCAGGAUCCCAGAGCAGCCUCUCGCGGUGCCCCCCAACCUUGUUCUGUCACAUCUUCCUGUCCGGAACAGACAAACAGCCUCCUCCCUGCAGGUGGUUGGCCUCAUGGUCUCAGAGAGCAGUCCCUGGGGGACCACAGCAGGGGCAUCGCUGGCCCUUCAGACUGGCCCCAUGGUCUCUCUGUGCAGGAGGCAUUGGAGCCUCCUUACUCACUCAAGUCUGAAAUUAACUGCACCCACAAUAUCCCACCACAAUACCCAGCAGCCUGCAUGAAUGGCCCCAAUCCAAUCCAGGGGGGUCGUGUCCGACAGUGUGCAUGCUGCCCUCCAGCAAAUAUGCCACGUCACAAUGAUGAUUAUCAUUAUCAUUUUAAGCGCGACUACCCAGGGGAUACACGCGAGGAGCCUCACCGCUACCAACAGUCACGGAAUCCCCCCCACGGUAGGCUGCAACCUAAAUAUACUCCAAAUUCCCACUACGGCUCUACUGAGCGCGUAGGCCCUCCUCGAGAAGUGAUGCACGAGGUGGACGUGUACCGCUCCCUGCAGGCCGGUCCGGGGCCGGCCACGAAGGAGAUCCGGAGGGUAAUCAGCCUGUCUGAGGAGUACAGGAAUGUUUUCAUCACGUAUUCAGUGGACACGGCCGAAGAAAUCCUUCCUUUCACCAAAUUUCUGACUGAUCAGGGGUUCAACCCAGCAAUCGACAUCUUUGACAAUCCGAUCCGAAGGAUGGGCAUCAACAAAUGGAUGGACAGCUUUUUGAAUGACAAAUCGGUCCUCAUCAUCGUGGUCAUCAGCCCCAAGUACAGGGAGGACGUGGAGGGAGAUGGAGACGAAGAGCACGGCCUGCACACCAAGUAUAUUCACAAUCAGAUCCAACAUGAGUUCAUCCAACAAGGCUGCCUGAACUUCAGACUGGUACCCGUGUUGUUUCCUAAUGCAUUCAAGAGACACGUUCCCACCUGGCUCCAGAGCACCAGGAUCUACCACUGGCCCCGGGACACCCAGGACCUGCUGCUGCGCCUGCUCAGGGAGGAGCGCUACAUCAUCCCACAGCGGGGGCCGGACAUCAUCCUCACCGUUCGGCCCCUCUGAGAACAUCUCAUAAAAGGACAGACGCGCACACACACACAAAAGUACAUUGUUCAUUGCGCCGGAGCUUUGAGGAGCUGCUUGUUGUGUGUUUUCAUUUUGGAUUUUGUUUCAAAUCCCACUUUUAUACUCUGAAUACCGAUCAAUCGGGUUUCGCAUUUUUAACAUAUCACUUUACAAAAGUUCCCUAUUUAUUUCCAACAAGACUCUGUGGGUUUGUCACUCAUGCAUCCGUACAGCUUGAAGGAGACAUCUUGAAUUACAGCGGCCAUGCUCAAAGACAAAUCUGUCUCAAAAUGAAAAAUGAAAAGCAGGAAAAAAAACAUUCUGUAAUAUUUUUUUGUUGAAAUUCUUAAAUCCCGACGGCAAUUAGUUAAAUUAAAAUCCUCCGACAAGAAAUCCUGAAAAACAACUCUCGCCAGAUCUCACGUCUUUUGGAGCUCGUUCGCUGCAUUCGUUGAAAAAGAGUGAGCAACAUUCCCAACAACCCUUUCGUUUUGCAAGGCCACUUUAAAAUGUCAUUUCAAAAUCAUCAUUACAAGCUUAUCGAUUGAAUGAUCUUCUUUGUGUUUUAUUGUUUUAUUAUUUGAGCAGAAUAAUGCAGAAUAUAGUAUAACAAUAUGAUUUACCAUUAUUUAUAUUUGUUUAAAAUGUUUUUUUUCUUGUUCAAGAAAUCAGAAUAAACACUGUAAAAAGCCUCUUAUUAUUCCAGCGGCAUACUACUCUUGUAUUUCUUAAACCUCCAUCUCUCACCAGAAGGGGGCAGCAUAUGCCAAAUAAUAACUCCCUGCCAUGGUUACCACUGCAUAGACACUUCCAACCAACAUCCCAUUAGGUUAUUGACAUUCUGUUUUCAUGUUACUUUGAAAUAAAUACCUUUUUGUUUUAACUAG